GAGAGAUUCCAUGGGCAUUAGCCACGAAUGCAUAUAUCAUAUUCAUAUCUCAUAUACAUCUCUCUCUCUCUCUCUCUCUCUCUCUCUCUCUCUCUCUCUCUCUCUCUCACCUUCCUCUCUUCUCUUCAUUUCGAUUCUUUUUUGCAUCUGGCUCGCAAGCAGUUUGUGUUUAUGAUGAAGACUGAAUAAAAGGGUUCAGUUUUCUAUGAAGUCAAACAAAUCAUGGAGGUGGCCAAUCACAGAAAAGACUCUCUUGUUUGAUGGCAAAACCAAGUUUGAAGAUCAAAAGGCUGCCUUUAAUGGCAGUUGCAUGUACAGUAAUGUUGUUCGUUGUAUAUAGGACUUUAAAGUAUCAAUAUACUCAAGAAGAGAUAGACAAAAGGUGGAGUAACAAAAGGUGGAGUAUUUGGAGAGAUGUAGUGCCAUAUGCGGCUCAUUCUGGAAUGUUAAAAGGCUUGCCACGAGGUAUAAUACACGCCACUUCGGAUUUGGAGCUAAGACCUUUAUGGUUGCCAAGUAAUUUAAGAUCAAAGGAUAAUGUUUACUCGAAUCGUAACCUGUUGGCAGUUCCAGCUGGUAUCAAGCAAAAGGAAAAUAUAGAUGCUAUGGUGCAAAAGUUUCUCAAAGCAGAUUUUACAAUUAUUUUAUUCCAUUAUGAUGCCAAUGUGGAUGGAUGGAAGGAUCUUGAUUGGAGUAGCAGGGCAAUACAUAUAGCAGCUAAAAACCAAACAAAGUGGUGGUUUGCAAAAAGAUUUCUAAGUCCAGAUAUAGUUUCUAUUUAUGAUUACAUCUUUCUCUGGGAUGAGGAUUUGGGGGUCGAAUAUUUUUCCCCGUCGAGAUAUAUUAAGAUUGUAAAGGAAGAAGGGUUGGAGAUAUCUCAACCAGCUCUUCAUCCGAAUUCGACUGAGAUACAUCACAGAAUUACAGUCAGAGCUAGGACCAAGAAAGUGCAUCGACGAGUCUAUGAACUCAGAGGUAAAACCAAGUGUUCAGAUGAAAGUGAUGGACCACCGUGCACUGGGUUUGUCGAAGGUAUGGCUCCAGUUUUCUCUCGAGCGGCAUGGUAUUGUACUUGGCAUCUUAUACAGAAUGACCUUGUACACGGAUGGGGAAUGGAUAUGAAACUAGGAUAUUGUGCUCAGGGAGAUCGCAGUCAAAAUGUGGGUGUUGUUGAUAAGGAAUAUGUUGUUCACAAGGCGAUACAAACUCUUGGUGGUAACAAUCAGGAUAUAAUCAAAAAACAAGGCUCAACAGGAAUUGAUAUGAGAAUGGAGAUUCGACGGCAGUCAUCAUGGGAACUUGAAAUCUUCAAAGAGCGCUGGAAACAAGCCAUUGCGCAUGACAAAAGUUGGGUUAAACCAUUUAAGAGCGAUAAAAGACGCAUACGACGAACACGACGAACGCGCAACCGCAAACUGUUUUCUUAGCAAUUCUUUCAUCAAACUAGCAUGGUUUGAUGUGUUACUCUUCAUUCAUUCAUAGCCCUUGGUCUCAUACAUAGUUAUAGGCAUAAUUUAGUUUUUGUAACUGAGUGAAUUCUCAAUUCAUUGAAUUUUGGAAGAUCUCAUAUUUUUCAAUAUUGUUUUGUUCUUUCAA